AUGAGGAAUUGGCCACGUCCCCAGACACUUAAAGAAUUAAGGGAAUUCUUGGGGUUGACCGGAUAUUAUCGACGGUUUGUGGAGUCCUAUGGGAAGAUAGCCUGGCCGCUAGCUCAACUACUAAAGAAGGACUGUUUCAGGUGGAAUGACGCUGCAGAAUCGGCCUUCGCAAAACUGAAGGAGGCAAUGACAACUGUACCAGUCUUGGCUCUUCCAGAUUUCUCGCAGCCCUUUGUACUUGAGACUGAUGCUUCUGGACAUGGGAUAGGGGGCUGUCUUGAUGCAAAAUCAGAGACCAAUUGCCUAUUUCAGUCAGGUGCUACCCCAAAGAAGUCAGAAUAA